GAUUUUUGCCACUUAGAAUAUCAACUCAUCUACUAUUAGCUUUUCCUCGUUCGGUUGCUGUUUCUUUCUCUCUCUCUUUCCAACGACGCCGUUGCCGUUCUUUUUCUCCAUCCGCCACGCCGCCGCCGCCGCCUUCUUUCCUCUUUCCAUAGCCACUGCCUCUCCAAAGUCUUGGAUGGAUUUGGAGACGGAGAACAGAAUAGCUGCAAUUCUUCUGAAGGAAGCAGCAGAAUUGCGCCGACAAGCUGAUAAGGAAGGUUUGCAUGUUUAUCUUCAAAAACCUCAAGUAAGGGGUCGUCCAAAUUCCCGGUUCCUCACAGCGACUGUUCUUGGGGUACAGCAAGCAAAUCGAGCAGUGGAAGUCAAUGAGAUGUGGCGGGUCCGGCAGAAAGAGCUUGAGCUAGAUGAUAGGCUUAAAGGAAGAUCAAGACAGGAGAAUUGCAGCAGCACUAAUAAUAGGGAAUCCAUUGAUAACUCCUCUAGGAGCACAAGUAAGAGGCAUGCUGCAAAUGAUAACAACACUAGUGCGUCAUGCUCCUCAAGUAAACAAAUAUCUCGAAACUGCUAUUCUAAAGAAGAUGAAGGUUUGAUGGAUGAUGAGGUUGAGGAAUUUUUGCAUUCAAGGGUCAAGCGGGGUAGAGGUACAGUGGGUUCAAGAAUUGAUGAAACAGGUCCAUAUCUUUUGCCUUCUUUGGAAUCCAAGGAAAAGCCAUCCACUAGCCUCGACUUAAGAGAAUAUCUUGUUGCUCUGGAUCCAGAGAAGCCCUCAUCAUUAAAAUCGUAUGAAUCUUCUGAGGAGGAGCUUGAUGAAGACAGGGGGAAGAAGGCAAAGAAGGUUCAUUUGAGGAAUUCAGAUAAGAAGCACUCUAAGAGGCAUAGAAAGAAGGAAAGAUCUAGGGAUAAGAAAAAGAGUAAGAAGGAGAAAAGAAGUAGACACUAGUAUACUUUCUUCUGUGUUGUUUAGAUUCCACCCAUUAUUCACUAGUUAAUCGUGAUAAAUUUGUAUAAUAAUAUUUAUUGUUUUGUA